CUCGGUUUCCCGCACCAGAAGCAGUAGAAAUUGGCAAUUGCUGUGUGUGAGAGAGAAAGUAAGAGUAAUAGUAGUAUCAAUAAUUUGGCUUAGGUUGCAUCUCUGUGUCUGAUGCAACAGAGAGGAAGAACUAACAACCGUAGAUCAAGGUCUUUCUCCAGAUCUCGGCUUGCUGUCGAAGGAUUUUAGUUCCCCUUUUCACUCCCCAUUAAAAAAAAAAAUCAAUUCCUCUCAGAGCUCACUAGAGAUCUUCUCUGUUAACCAUGGCGGCUAACGGAUAUGUAGGAGAUGAACGCAAAGUUCAAAAGAAUUACUGGAUUGAACACUCGGUUGAUCUGACGGUGGAGGCUAUGAUGCUCGACUCCAAAGCCGCUGAUAUUGACAAAGAAGAACGUCCCGAAGUGCUCUCCUUACUCCCUCCGUAUGAAGGGAAAACCAUUUUGGAACUAGGAGCUGGCAUUGGCCGAUUUACUGGUGACUUAGCUAAGAAGGCUGGUCAUGUUAUAGCAUUAGACUUCAUUGAGAAUGUUAUAAAGAAGAAUGAAACCAUCAAUGGACAUUAUAAGAACGUCAAAUUCCUCUGUGCGGAUGUCACUUCCCCUGAUUUGGCUUUUACAGAAGGAUCACUGGACUUGAUUUUCUCAAACUGGCUGUUGAUGUAUCUCUCAGAUAAAGAGGUUGAGAAUUUGGCCGAAAGGAUGCUCAAGUGGUUGAAGGUUGGUGGACAUAUUUUCUUCAGGGAGUCUUGCUUUCAUCAAUCUGGUGAUUGCAAGAGAAAGAACAACCCAACUCACUAUCGCGAGCCCAGAUUUUACACUAAGGUCUUUAAAGAAUGCCAAGCAACUGAUGAUUCUGGAAAUUCAUUUGAACUUUCUCUUGUUGGCUGCAAGUGCAUUGGAGCUUAUGUUAAGAACAAAAAGAAUCAGAAUCAGAUUUGCUGGAUCUUCCAAAAAGUUGUUUCAGAUAAUGAUAAGGGAUUCCAGCGCUUCUUGGAUUCUGUUCAGUACAAAUCUAAUAGCAUUCUCCGUUAUGAGCGUGUCUUUGGACCAGGAUAUGUGAGCACAGGAGGAAUUGAAACAACAAAAGAAUUUGUGGGGAAGUUAGAUCUUAAGCCUGGCCAAAAGGUCCUAGAUGUUGGCUGUGGCAUUGGUGGAGGUGACAUUUAUAUGGCUGAGGAAUUUGAUGUUCAUGUUGUGGGCAUCGACCUCUCCGUAAACAUGAUAUCCUUUGCUCUUGAACGAGCUACUGGACUGAAAUGCUCAGUGGAAUUUGAAGUUGCUGAUUGCACCAAGAAGGUUUAUCCGGACAACAGUUUUGAUGUUAUCUACAGCCGUGACACUAUUCUACACAUUCAUGACAAACCUGCACUGUUUAGAUCUUUCUACAAAUGGUUGAAGCCAGGAGGCAAACUCCUCAUAAGUGAUUACUGUAAAAGUUCCAAGACUCCAUCCACGGAGUUUGCUGCGUAUAUCAAGCAGAGAGGCUAUGAUCUUCAUGAUGUAAAAUCAUAUGGACAGAUGCUUGAGGAUGCUGGUUUUGAUGUGAUUCUUGCAGAGGAUCGAACCGAUCAGUUCUUACAAGUUCUGCAGCGUGAAUUGAACCAAGUGGAGAAAGAGAAGGAUGCAUUCAUCUCUGACUUCUCUAAGGAAGACUAUGAUGAAAUAGUUGGUGGAUGGAAGGCAAAGCUGAUAAGAAGCUCAUCAGGGGAGCAGAGAUGGGGCCUUUUCCUUGCCAAGAAGAAGAAUUAAAUCCUGCUGCCUGCUCAUCUUUAUGUUAAAGAAGUGAAUAAAUAAAUGCAGUUAGGCAUAUGUGUGCAAGAAACUAUUUCCUGCUUGCAAUUAUCAGUUGUUAUUGUAGUUGAUAUUUUGGUAUUUAGUGUGAAGUUUGUGGUUUGAAUAAAUUAUCCUUUUCCAGUAGUAA